AUGAAAUGUCCAUGCCGCGCAGCGCCUUGGAAAAUAUUCGUGCAGAGCUUGGCGCAAGUCCAUAACCUUCAGGUCUCGACCAGGACAGCACGACCAUGGCGUCCUGUGCCGGUGCCCCGGUUUGUUUCGAGUCAAAGUCGUGGGCUUACCGCUUCAUCCUACUGGAGACAAGAAACUAGUCGGUUGGCCGUCGCAGCGGAAGAUGCGGUUGACAAGAGGGAAAAUGUGACGGGUACGGCGGAGCCGGCGCCGGCGGCUGAGGCAAAGCCUCUACGAGAGAACCGAACGAGGGACAAGAAGAUGGAGAAUGAAGCUCAAUCUUCAAAGCAAUCCAAACCUCGAACAAACGAGAAGUCUUCACCUCCAUCGUCACCACCGAAGCGCAGGCCCAACAAAGCCAAACCUCACGACCCAUCUCCCGACUCGAACAUUGCCCAGCCCAAGACCCCCGAAUGGCAGAGCCAAAAAGCAGCCCUCAAGGGAAAAUUUCCCCAGGGUUGGAAGCCUCGGAAACGCCUGUCUCCUGAUGCUCUGGCGGGCAUACGGGCACUCAACGCGCAGUUCCCGGACACCUAUACGACGCGGGCGCUGGCGGACAAGUUUGAGGUGUCGGCGGAGUCGAUUCGGCGGAUUCUCAAGAGCAAAUGGACACCAUCGGCGGAGGAAGAGCAGGAGAGGCAGGAGAGGUGGUUUAGGAGAGGCAUGCAGGUGUGGGAGCGCAAGGCGGCGGUUGGGGUGAAGCCGCCGCGGAAGUGGAGGAGGGAGGGGAUUGUGCGGGAUAGCUCGUGGCAUGAGAGGAGGAAGGAAGCGGCGAGGCGGGAGAGGGAAUGGGAGGAGGAGGAGAGGGAGGCUGAGAGGGCGAGGAGGAAUUACGGUGCGAGGAGUGUUGGUGGUGAGGAUGAGGGUCGGAGCGAAGCCGGCAGUGGGAGGGGGUAG